GCAUUUCAAUUUUCACACAAAAACAAUGGCUUGGCGCUGCGGAUCCCUACCGAGGUCGCUGAUCUCUACCGCAAGAUCUUCAACAAUCCGUCGUUCCACCACCACUCCUCUCCCUCGUCUCCGUCCUCCUCCGCAACCAAGCCCUCACACUCACAGCCACCGCCUCCGUCCCGGCCCCACAUCUUCCAUCCCUGGUUUCGGGACUAUUGGAGGAGUAAUUGGCUGCACUCAAUCGCUGCUGCCGUUGCACAGUGUGGUUGCUGCUGCUCGCUUAACGUCUCACGUCGCCGUAGAGGCGCGCGCUUGUUGCGAGCUUUCUCAGGGUACUUAAUAAUGCUUCUGGAACCAUGUUGCAAAGCAUUGCACUAACAAGCACUGUGUAAACCAACGGACAAAAUAUUCAUGUGGAACUUCCCUUUAGGUAAAAAAGGGGUUCUAUGGAUUCUGAGCCCAUAGGUUUUUUUUUUAGAAUUUAUUAUUAUUAUAUAUUGAAAAAAAACAUUGUAUAACUACUUUCUUAUGCAUUUUUUGGGUUUAUUCAUC